AUGCUUCUGACGACGAUCGACGGCGACGAAGACCUCCGAAUUCACAACAUCUCGAUUUUGCCGUCGGAUCAAUGCGCCACCGAGGAUCAGCGGGCGUCGAAAUGUUGCUGCGGUGACGGGUUCUUUUACGAUUUUCCGCAUAAACGAUGCGAGGUCGCCGCCAAUGUAGGCUUCAUGUUCGGCCGUCUCAAUAACGGCUGGUCGCACAUGGCAGUCUACGGGUUCGCCUACCCGAUGCUCCUGCUAAUGCUCAUCGCCCCAUUGUGCGCCGUGAUGUUGGGCAUGGGAAAACGGGAAAAGCGCGAAGGAGACCGGAGAUUUCCAAAUCCGCUAUACCAAAUGAUUUGGCUUCUGACAUUCUGCGGCUGGCUGAGCGUCCUUUCACCACUUCCAUUUACGGUUUGGUAUUAUUUUGUUGGCGAAGGCACCAGAAGUUUGAAUCAAUCGCUUGUGAUGUGCCACCUGUUCCGUACAAGCAUGGAAACCAUCCCGCAUAUGACUGAUACCAUGAUGACGUUAUUCUCAGUGCUAUUGGCAGCGGCCAGAUUUCUCACUCAAUAUCAUCGAAAUACGCUCAAAUUGCGAACCGUCGAGCGAUUUUCGCGCGCGAUUUGGACAAUUCUCUUCGUGUGCUUCAUUCUCGCCGUUCUACGCUUCUUCGAGCACGACACCAGCGUUUAUCAAUUCUGCAUGGACACCGAGCCGACGCCGCAAUGGGCGGGACGAUGCAUGAUACGCGAUGGCGCGCUCAUCAAUAUUGUCAAUCGAUCAUUCUGGAAGAUUUUUCUGCCUUUAUUAGAUUUUGCUGUUCAAUUUGUCAUUCCCGGUGUGCUUUUGGCUCUUCUUCAUGUCGGCUUCAUCAGAGAACCCGAGAUUGAUAUGGGCGAUUUGACGAAACAUAAUCGAUUUGGUCGGACGCCGCGAGACCAGACGCGAAUUCUGAUCACAACAGUGACGAUAAGUUUUCUCGUAGUUCAAGUGCCGACGGCUUUCAUCACAACUCUCUCAUUGACAAUCAAUCAUUUUCAAAAUAAUAAUGCUUUAAUGAUGCUUGCUGUCGUCACGGGACACCUUCAGCCGUUGUUCUCGAUUACAACGAUGGCGGCGAACACGUCGGCAUUGCUAACCGCAUAUUAUGUUAUAGUUAAGGACGACGAUGAAGAUGUUGGUGAUAGUCGAACGUCGUUGAGCGACAAUGAUUGUCAGAAUGAGCUUCUCCUUCGAGCCCAACAAUCGACGUCUCGUCGCGGGACGAGGCAAGUGAUCUACCAAUUCGUCGUUUUUAGAGUGUCGAGGACUUAUCUGAGCGUUUCGCACAGUUUCGACACCGGCUCAUUGCGCUCAUUUUCGCGAAAAGGAUCAAUGAUGGCCGAUGAAUUGUUGUGA